AUGGCUUUGAAGCAUCAGUGGGACAUGAUCAAACUGUCUAGGGAAGGAUUACUGGACACGCGCUAUAGUACAAAUGAUCAAAUCGCCUUUAAAAUUCUCCAGGCUGAUGUUACAGACAGGAAGUUGGACUUCGCCAAGGAGAUGUUGGCAUCACAAAACACAAAAAUGAUAUCGCCUAUCAUUUCCCAGCUGAUUGAUGAGAGGAAAUCAAUGGAAAACGGAGUCCUGCUGCCUCUGCCACAAGCAAUCGCUCAACCUCAACUGUGUCCCCCAAAGCCAGCUUCGGCCAGGCACAGCAGAGUGAACAUGUACAGGUCAUUUGCUCCAGACAGUCUAGGAAUUCUGACUCCAUCAGAUGAGCAAGAACUAGAGACAGAACCACUGUCCACAGGGGACGACCUGGGCAGAGGCUCCCACAGAGGGUUCUCAUCUAUCACCAUCACUGCGCGACGUGUGGGCCCUCCGGCCAACUCCUUGGUGUGGGACACUGUUCAGGACUCACUAUGUCCCAAUUGCAGGGCCAAGGAUGCUUUGCUCCAAGACCCCCCAGCUCUGGCCAGUGGUACCCAUCUAUGUCAGCACAGUGGAUCCUUCACCUGUACAGAGUUCCCCAGCAGGGGCUCCAUAGAGGGGAUGAAGGUACCCCAGGCUCAUACGAGGCUGUGUGCGAGGCAGGAGUACUGGAUCUCCCAAAUGGGUGACAAAGAGGACAGUUUUUCUUCAGACAGUUCACCAUCAAGAAAAGUGCCACUGGUGUUCAGUUCAUGUGUCCACCUCCGGGUGUCUCGGCAGUGUCCCAAUGCCAUUAACUAUUUGGACAAAUCGCUUUCUGUCCCCCUUGAGCAACCUCAGAUUGCUAGCCCCAAAGUCCACAGGUCUGUCCUGUCGCUCAGCCUCCGCUGUAGUUCCCACAGGUUAACAGCAGAUGGCGUAGACAGCACAGCUAACGGCGAACCAAUCAGCAGAGCCCUGCCGCAGGAGCUCCUGGAGGGAAAGCAGGACCUCCUAGGUCCACCAUUGGGCCAGCCGCAGGAAGGUCACUGGAAGGAGAGCCCAGCAUUGGUGCCAGUACAUUUGGGGAGUGGCACGUGCCCUCGGACUAGCUCCCCUCCCCUGGAAAAAGUCAAAUUUGCAGAUGGGAGAAGGAACCAGGUCCCAGUAAGAAAGGAGAAAGAGGAGCUUGCAACGUGUACCACUAACAGCCAUGCCGACCAACUCUCCAUCCAUAUUCCCGGCUGGAGUUACCGGGCAGAAACAAAAGUAUUUUCUGGAAACAGAAAGGAGCAACAAGAAGAAGCACAAGGAACUCUUCCUCCUUCCCCAGUGGGACAGAAGCCCAUUAAACACCUCCCUCCUGAUGGAGACAGUUCACCAAGCAAUGAUGGGCAGUCUAGCAUCUUUUCUGAGUCCCAAGAGAGACAGCACCCGUACUUCCUGACACCCAGAGUCCCUUUGUCUGUGUUUCUUUGCCCUAUACAAGUCACAUGUGCCUCUCCGCAGGAAGAUGAUACUGCUCAGAUAGAGAAAGAGUUCCCCAAAGAUUACACCUGCUGCGACUUGGUUGUAAAACUAAAAGAAUGCAAGAAGCACGAGGACCUCCUUGCCGCUCCUGAGCCCUCACCAGCAAUACCUUCUCCAACAGCCGCAGAGGAACCACAGAGCUCUGACCCGUUGGAAGGGAGUUCUGAGCCUCGGCACCUGCUGUCAAGCUCCAUGACCUUGCAGGAAGCGCUGGAAGUCCGUAGACCUCAGUUCAUUUCUCGCUCACAAGAACGGCUGCAGAAACUUAAGCACAUGGUACAGCAAAGGAAAGCGCAACAAAAGGAAAACCUGGGGCAGAAGCAGAGCCUACUUCCUGUCCGUGCCCACAAGAAGCAGUUCACCGUUCCCCAUCCUCUUAGUGAUAACUUGUUCAAACCCAAAGAAAGGUGCAUUUCAGAGAAGGAGAUGCAUAUGCGGUCUAAAAGAAUCUAUAAUAACUUGCCGGAAGUUAAAAAGAAAAGAGAAGAGCAAAAGAAAAGAGUGAUCUUACAGAGUAACAGACUCCGAGCAGAAGUCUUCAAAAAGCAAUUACUGGACCAGCUCCUUCAGAGAAAUGCCGUCUGAUCCCAGGUGGCCCUGCUAGCCACAGCCUAGAUCUGGGAAGACGUCCGACGUUGGAUGACCCAUUAAAUUUAACACUGUCUUCACAUGUGAAAGAUACUUUUCUUUUCUUUUCUUUUCUUUUCUUUUCUUUUCUUUUCUUUUAUUUCCGAAAGACCCAAGGAAACAAAAGCAACAGUCCCGGAGUCAAAAGACCAGCAGUCCGUUGCUGGGACUUCUGUUACUCGGAACCUGCUUGACAUACCACCCCACCCCCUUUUUAAUUAUUAUUAUUAUUACUUUGACUUGUGAAUUUUACCAUUGCUUCUGAAGUUUCCAGUAUACCAUUUCCACCCAAGCAGGGAAGCUUUAUAUAUUCAAGUAUGCUUAGAUAUUGGGGUUUUUUUUGGAGGGGGGGGUGUGCAGUGCUUUUUUUUAAUUAAGUUUUUGAGAAUCAAAAAUCUAUCAUAUUUUAAUUUCUAAUUUCAAUGUCUGCCAAUUCUGAAAUCCAAAGUAUGGCUCAAAGUCUGCUUGUCAUAUACACCUUGGAGCACCAGAGGCUGACUUUGAAAUGGACAGGCAAAGAGGCAGCACACAGGCAAACCCUAGAGCCCUCUGCCUCUCUUCCACCCCACCCCCACAGUGCCUGCUUUUGUCAGCCAAAGCCCUUGUUUCAUUGAGAGCCUGAGAAUGACUGGGUGAGGACAUCAGUGGUUUCAGCACACACACACACACACACACACACACACACACACACGCACGCACGCACGCACAUAUGCAUGCACGCACGCAUACGCGCACACACACUGGGAAGUUAUCAUGAUCAAAUGGCCUAGCAAUACGCACCCUCAUAUUUUCUUUCAAGUAUUCUUCAUAAAUAUGCAUUUGUGGAGUUAAGAACAAAUUAGUUUUUGCA